AUGGCGACGCCGUGCCGCAGCCCCUCGGCCCACACCCGCAGCCGUUCGGGUGCCCAGCUGGACCGCUUCAUCCCCAACCGCGGCGCCAUGGACGCCGACAUCGCCAACUUCACGCUCAACGCCGAGGACUUCCGCCAGACGGAGGCCAACGUCGCCGCGGAGGUCGUCUCUCCCUCCAAGGAGGAGUACCGCCGCCGCCUCGCCGAAGGCCUGGUCGCGGGCGACUCCAACUGCGCCUCGCGCAUCCUCGCGUUCAAGUCCAAGGCCCCGGCCGCCCCCGCGGCCCACGACGGCGCGGACCCGGGGCUGUACGCCGCCUCGGGCACUGGCGCGCGUCCGGCGGCGAAGAAGUUCCGCCAGGUCAACACCGCGCCGGAGCGCAUCCUCGACGCCCCGGACCUCGUCGACGACUACUACCUCAACCUCCUCGACUGGUCCUCGACGAACCAGGUGGCCAUCGCGCUCGCGAACACGGUCUACCUGUGGGACGCGUCGUCGGGCGGGAUCACCGAGCUCAUGACGUGCCAGCAGGAGGAGAACUACGUGACGGCCGUGAAGUGGGCCGCGGACGGCAAGCACCUCUCGAUCGGCACGGCGAACGCGGAGGUGCAGCUGUGGGACUGCAACCGCGCCAAGCAGAUCCGAUCCCUGCGCGGCCACACCGCGCGGGUGUCGGCGCUGGCGUGGAACGGCCACACGCUGUCGUCCGGCGGGCGCGACUCGCUCAUCUUGAACCACGACGUGCGCGUGCGGGACCACGUCAUCACCACGCUGCGCGGGCACGAGCAGGAGGUGUGCGGGCUCGCGUGGUCGCCGUCGGGCAACCAGCUCGCGUCCGGCGGGAACGACAACCUGCUGAACGUGUGGGACGCCGCGUCCGGGUUCGGCGGCCGCGACGCCAGUGCGCUGCACACGCUGACCGCGCACCGCGCCGCCGUCAAGGCCCUGGCAUGGUGCCCGUUCCAGUCGAACCUCCUCGCGUCGGGCGGGGGGUCGUCGGACCGGUGCAUCCGCUUCUGGAACACCACGACCGGCGCGCUCCUCAACACGAUCGACACCGGCAGCCAGGUGUGCGCGCUGCAGUGGAACCGCCACGAGAAGGAGAUCCUCAGCAGCCACGGCUACUCGAGGAACGAGCUCUGCCUGUGGAAGUACCCGACCAUGUCCAAGGUCGCGGAGCUCACGGGCCACUCGGCGCGCGUCCUGCACAUGGCGCAGUCGCCCGACGGCACCGCCGUCGUGUCGGCCGCCGCGGACGAGACGCUGCGCUUCUGGCGCGUGUUCGGCGAGCCCGCGGGGUCGAAGAAGGCCUCCGCGGCGCCGCGCCACUCGGCGCUGCGCUCGCGCAACAUCCGGUGA